AAAUCCCUCUCAAUGGCGGUUUUUCUGCGAAAAAAUGGGCAUUUAUGUGAUUACAUAUAAAGCCAUAGGGUUUUCUGCAAAAAAUAUGCCACGUCGGCACCUGCCAGACGGGCCCCAACGGUCAGAUACACUGUCAAUACGUUUAAAAAUUAGCAAUCGUGGUACCAAUCUGCACGUGAUGCCCGAAUUGUGGUACUUCUGUGUAAUUAACUCUACAACAUUAAGUGAAAGUGUCAGACAACAAAAAUCAUCAAUAGCUCCAUUUAAUGGUGUAUCCUUCUGCAUGUGGGGACAUGCCAUGCUGAUGUCCAGGGAGCAGGGGAGACUCAACUACGAGAGGCUGACCCUGGAGGCUUGCAAGGACCUGUUGUUGCAGCGGCCGCCCAAGCUCCGAACCCCUUGUUUGUCAUCGAAGGCACACGCCAUGCUGACGUCCAUGGAGUGGGGGGUGAUGUGUUGGUGCCUGAAGUACGAGAAGCUGACCGUGGAGGUGUGCAAGGACCCGUUGUGGCAGCGGACGCCCAAGCUCCAAACCCAUUGUUUGUUGUGGAAGGUCAGACGACCAUUCUCAUGUGAAGGUCACUUCAUAUAUAACCUAUCUACAGACUAAUAGUUGCAUACCAUAAAGAGAGUAAGCUCAGCCUUAGUGGUGUGCAACAUCAAGUGAAAUUGUCAGACAACCGAACAUUAGAAAUAUCUCCAUUUAAUGGUGUAUCCUUGUGCAUGCAGGCACACGAUUAUUAGCAAUGGUCACAUGAAACUCAUACCCCCAUCACAAAUCCUGAUGCACCUUUUGGGCCAAUUGUUAAGUGAAAAAUGUGAGACAACUGAA